AUCCGAUCCAUCCGAUCCAUCCGAUCCCGUCUGUUCGCAUCCUGCCAGUCCUCUCUUGGCUGAAUCCUUCCGUUCGCGCUCCCUUCUCAGACCCCUAUCCUCAGAUCAUCAUUUGAACCUAUCAUCUGGCCGCCAUGUCUUCCUCUGGAUCCAGCUCCUGCCCCUGCCCCAAGCCCUGUGGCUGCUCCCAAGGUGCCGGUGCCGCGGGAUGCUCCUGCUCCAAGCGCAAGCUCCAGUCCCAGAGCGAGCCCAGCAACAAGCGCCCCAAGGCCUGCAACUGCGCCGAUGGCUGCACCUGUUCGCAGGGUGGCCAGCCGUGUGGGUGUUCCUCCAAGACCAGCUGCGACUGCAGCUCCGGCUGCAAAUGCACCGCCGACGGCAAGCCCUGCUCGUGCAAGUCCGGUCUCUGCAAAUGCCCAGACGGCUGCAAGUGCAACCAGGGCUCGGGCAAGCCCUGCUCUUGCCCCAUCGGCAGUUCAUGCCACUGUGAUGUCUCUUGUCACUGCACCAGCUCGGGCAAGCCUUGCUCGUGCUCGAUCCAAGCGACGUGCAAGUGCGCCAGCACCUGCACCUGCACCGACUCGGGCGCGCCGUGCAAAUGCACUUCGCCUUGCAAGUGCGAUGGAUCGUGCAAGUGCCUAGACUCCGCCAAAGGCGCCAAGAUCUGCAAGUGCGCCAGCAGUCAGUGCCACUGCGAUCAGUCUUGCAAGUGCGCUGCUGGCGGAAAGCCCUGCUCUUGUCCUUCCGAGUCCUCCAAGUGCAGCUGUGGAUCCGGCUGCAAAUGCACUGCCGACGGAAAGCCCUGCACCUGUGGCCCGACGGUCUCGUGCCGCUGCGGCGGGCAAUGCAAGUGCACCUCCGGCGGCAAGCCUUGCUCCUGCCAGCCGGGCUCAACCUGCAAGUGCCAUGCCUCCUGUACCUGCACGGCCAGUGGCAAGCCUUGCACCUGUGCUGUCAAGUCAACCUGCCAUUGCUCCAAAGCUUGCACUUGCACCGCGAGCGGCGAGGCCUGCCACUGCCAAGCCUGCCACUGCGAUGGCUCGUGCAAAUGCCUCGAGUCCUCCAAGACCUGCGAGUGCUCGUCCAAGGUCAAGUGCACCUGUGGCCAAGGCUGCCAGUGCUCAAAGUCGGGCGAAGCGUGCUCCUGCAAGCCCAAUGAGUCCUGCAAGUGCUCCUCGGGCUGCACCUGCACAAAGUCGGGCGACAAGUGCGUCUGCAAGCCCGCGUCGACCUGCCGAUGCCAUGGAUCGUGCAAGUGCACCAGCAGCGGCAAGCCAUGCAGCUGCAACCAGACGCCAUGCAAAUGCGAUCAGUCGUGCCACUGCUCCGACUCUGGCAAGCCGUGCGCCUGUGCAGGUGAAUGCAAAUGCCCGUCAGGAUGCAAGUGCUCUGGCUCGCCGUGCCAAUGCGGCUCAUCCAGCACCGAGCCGGGUCCUUCUGGUCAAGCCGCCGCCGCCGCCGCCGCCCCCUCGCCCAAGGGUAAGCAGCCUGCCUCAUCCCCGGCCAAGGGAUCGUGCUGCUCCAAGUAAUUUCAUCGACUAGGCAGCGCCGUGGCAUGGCCAGUUCAUCGCCCUGAUGGCUAUUUCCGAUGUCAUGCCCCACUUGCCCGCUCUAUCGAGCUGGCCAUUCAACGGAUAUUCCACGGCCAUUUUUCUGCUUCAAUCGGGGUUCCAGAUCUUUCGGUUCAACCGACAACAUUCCUUUCCAAACGUUAUAAUUUCAUUGCAACUCCUGGCCCACCUACGCUAUAUGAGCGGUUAACAUUCAAUAAAACCAUACAGCUAAGCAAAGACGCUUUACUGCGGGCCAAUGGGGGUGCUCUUGGCGGGUACUGAUGGAC